UGGAAAUACAUGUACUAUUGCAGAGUUACAACCAUGUACCUGCUGUUUUUUUAUAUCCAGAUAGAAAUGUAUAUAAGCAAUGUUCAUAUUGGAUACCAACAGUUUUCAAAAUGAACUCAAAGGUCUGUCUUCUGUUAUUGGCCGUCACUGCUUUAUCAAAAGCAAGCUAUGAUUACGCACCAAAGUACAGCGCCUUCAAGUAUGAUGCAGCAAAAUUUGUAGCAGGCGGCUGCGGACCAGGAUGGCAUCAGUACAACAACCGUUGUUAUUGGUUCAGCAGACAAAAGCUCAACUGGUACACAGCCUCAAUGAAAUGUGCAGCCAUGGGUGGUUAUUUGGUCUCUAUUGAUCAAUCUCACGAGAACACGUACGUCAGACACAUGUUGAGUGUCUAUGGAGUUAGAGGAGGAUCUUGGCUUGGCCUGAACGACAUUCUGCGACCAAACAAACACAGAUGGUGCUGGGGAUUCGUUGCCAAGCCCUGCCACAAAUUUGACUGGUACAGUAACGAACCCGUGUAUCAUGAGCACGGUGACUACAACUGCGGUAUGUUCAAGAGGUCCUACAAAUACCACUGGCACGUCGACAGCUGUGGACAAAAGAACCACUAUGUCUGUGAGAAACCACUGGGAAAACCAUGUGUAUGUGUGUAUUAGCAGUCCUAUGUAAAUAAAAUAUAUGUACUAUCA